AAUAAUGGCGUCGUUGUCCUGGGGGCGCACGCGUUGCCAAUAUUGAUUCGUCCUCGACGUAGAAACUCACCCUUAUUCAGAACAAACACCCCUUAAAACGUACGCCUGUCUGUCUCCAAAACUAAACGCGAUCCUGAGGGGUUAACCCUCAUCUUCCCUUAAAAUUAAAAAAAACGAAACGAAAAAGUUAUUCGAGUGUCAGGUUUUUGGUUUAUCUAGUGUAGUUUAAUAAUUUGAGAUGGUGGAAGACGGUCCUGAAAUAAAAGCCAUCGAGAGGGUUUCCUCUCCAACAAUCGUAGCAUUAUGCUUAGGAGGUGCAAUAUUCCUUUUAAGCUUAAUAGCUGUCACCUACUUUUGCUAUCGACGAAAGAGGCUUCAAAGGGCAAAAUACGCAAACACCGAUCAACCGCAUCCAUUUCGUUGCCGUCGAAAACCAACGGCUGUUAAAAGUCCAGCUGGGUCGACUCAUUAUUUGAAGAAAAGCCCGAGUCCGACUGGCGCAGGAAAAACCCCGCCCGGAAUUAGUCCGUCGACUUCCGGUGGACCCUUAGAAUGCGGGAUUAUUCAUCCCGAUAUUAACGAGCCGUGCGGGGAAGUACCCAAAGAUUUUUAUACCACCGAAAGGGAAAUAAGCGUUAUUACACCAACUAAAGAGGAAAUUGAAACGAAUGAGAAAAAUUUACAACAUAAUGUUAAUUAUUUGGGGCAAUUGGUUUUUAAAUUAAGGUACAAACAUGAAAAAAAUGCUUUGGUUGUAUCCGUUGUACGUUGUAGAGAUCUCCCAGCUAAAGAUCCAACUGUAGGUUCAAGCGAUCCUUACGUAAAACUACAAUUAUUACCGGAAAAGCAGCACAAAGUGAAGACAAGGGUUUUGAGGAAGACUAGAAAUCCAGUUUACGACGAAGAUUUUACUUUCUACGGGAUCAGUUUCAAUCAGCUUCCCAGCAUCACGCUUCAUUUCGUCGUUUUGAGUUUCGAUCGUUACUCUCGAGAUGAUAUAAUCGGAGAAGUUUUUUGCGCUUUGAACGGUAUCGAUUUAGCGAAUAUAGAACAUCAACAGAUGGCUUUAACCAGAGAGAUCCAACCGCGUAGUUUAAAAAUUCGAUCUCAAGGAAGAGGUGAAAUCUUGGUUUCUUUAUGCUGGCAACCUGCCGCAAAUCGAUUAACUGUGGUCGUUUUGAAAGCGAGAAAUCUCCCAAAAAUGGAUGUAACCGGUCUUGCUGAUCCUUACGUAAAAAUUUAUCUUCUCUACAACGGUUUACGUAUUGCAAAGAAGAAGACUCACGUUAAAAAACGAACCUUAUGUCCGGUUUUCAACGAGAGCUUUGUUUUUGAAAUUCCAGCUGGGGGUGAAGGAUUAGAAAAUGUUAGCUUGGAAUUCUUGCUUUUGGAUUGGGAUAGAGUCACUAAAAACGAGGUAAUUGGGAGGUUAGAAUUGGGUGGUUCAAAAUGUACCGGGACAGCUCUUCACCAUUGGAACGAAGUUUGUAAUUCCCCAAGACGUCAAAUUGCUGAUUGGCACAAAUUACGCGAAUGAAUCUAAAAGUUAAUGUUUAACCAAAUGUAGUUAAAAAUUUUUAGGUUUGUUUUCAAAAAGAUUUCACAAAACCAUUUUAGUGAAUUGAAAUUUUUUUGGAACAGAUUUAAGAGUUGUUUAUAUUGAUUUGUUUUUAUUUUUUCAUUUUGAGUCAGCUGGUACAGGUAAACACCAAAAAUAUAUCAGUUCCUCGAAGCGCGAGGCUCUAGUUUUUAGGGAUUAUGUAUGUUCUCUUCUCUGUACACCAUGUUCAUCAGCUGAAAAAAUCUAUUAACUAGAGUAAGCUUUCCGACGUUGCUCGUUGCUAAAAACUUAAAAAGAAUACAAACCAAGUAGGAUCUGAGUGUAAAUAAUUAUGAUUAAAUGUACGUGUUUAGCUGUAAGACCAAACAAGAAAUAUAUAAGAAGCUUAGUUUAA